UCCAGCUGAGCGUAACGCGCGGAUCUCUGAUCUAGCCAGUCGCGAGAUGGCUGUUUGAUGAAGUUAUUUAUUUAUUUUUCAAGACGCUUUAAAGGAACUGCCACUGUUUCGGGGAGGUGGACGCCAUGACGGGCCGUAAGUUCUCUAAAGAGAAGAAGCGACACCGCUCGCGUUUAAGCUGCCCAGAGGAAGGAGGCGGCAGCGAAAGAAAACGGCGGAGCACUGAGCCAGCCCGCGGCCCUCUGGAGGAAACCAAGAAUAUUGCUCAGAUUCCAGAAAAGAAAGAUGUGGUCGAAGAACCCAGUGACAUAGAAGAAGGUGGACUAGAUCUGACUGUGCAAUUAAAGCCUGUCAGUUUCUAUAUUACGGACAAGAAGGAAAUGCUUCAGCAAUGCUUUUAUAUCAUAGGGGAGAAGAAAUUGCAGAAGAUGUUGCCUGAUGUUUUAAAGAACUGUUCUAUAGAAGAAAUUAAAAGGCUUUGUCUUGAACAGUUGGAACUUAUGUCGGAAAAGAAGUUAUUGAAAAUUCUUGAAGGUGAGAAUGGGGUGGAUUCUGACAGUGAUGAGGAGACCCAUGGUGCUGAAGAAAAGACAAUAGUUGAAUCAGCCAGUCAGCAAGACAAUAGCAUAGAUUCUACUUCAUCUUUGAAGGAAGAAAACAAAUUGGAAGGGCUGGAUUCAAAACAAGGCAAAGGAGAAGAUAGCGACAUUCUCAGCAUCAAUGCAGAUGCAUACGACAGCGACAUUGAAGGACCAUGCCAUGAAGAAGAUAAUCCAGCUGUGCCAGAGCGGACGGUUGAAAGCGGAGACGGUCAGAUCGAUGACCUUCAGAAAGACAUUGAGAAAAGCGUCAAUGAAAUCCUGGGCCUUGCCGAAUCCUCCCCAAAGGAGUCCAAGGCGGCAGCUUUAGCAGUUCCUCCCGCAGAUGAUGUUCAGCCAUCAGCACAGCAGCUGGAGCUCCUGGAGCUUGAGAUGCGAGCGAGGGCUAUCAAGGCCCUUAUGAAAGCUGGAGAUGUUAAAAAAUAGCCGCAGGGCUGCUUCAUUUGUUAGAUCGUUGGAUUUGCUCUGAUGAGUGUAGGGUCAGCUUCCUUCCACUCUACGGUCUAUUUGGACUAGCUUUGACAUUCCUCAUUCAAGCCCUUUGGGUAUUCUAGCUCAUAGCCAAAUGAAAUAGUUGGCAGCGGUUUAUCAGGGCCGUCAGUCUGCUUCUGUGACUUAUGUAAAUGGAUUGGUUUGAUGCUGCUUUUUUUUUUCCCAGCUGCCCUCCUUUUUUCCCCCACUUUGGGUUAGAUUAUUUCCCAACAUGAAUUGGAAACAGUCAGAGGCAGUAUGGAUGCAGCUAAGCCCUGUUGCUUUACAGACCAGAAUAACCACAGGGUUAGCUCUAGCUUUUGAGGAGUUGAACCUUCGGUUGUUUUUAUGUAGCAGUUAUAACUGCAGGGAAGUCAAAAGUAGAAGCCCCACACAUUUAAGAGCACAGACCACAAAAAUAUCUUGCAUCAUCAUUAUGAGGCUUUGUGAUUGCUUUGGCGCCAGCAACAAAUCUUACAUUCUAUACAGACAGUCCUUGACUAAUGACCACUUAAUCAGUGACUAUUCAAAAUUAUAAUGGUACUGAAUUAGGGGGAGCUAUGACCAGUCCAUGAAGUUGUGGUCCUUGCAGCAUUCCCGUGGUCAUGUGAUCACAAUCUGGGUGCUCAAGCAGCUGGGCAAGCCACAGGCACAUGAUCGCCAUUCGCAACCUUUCCUGCCAGCUUUCCACAAGCAAAGUCAAUGGGGAAGCUGCAGGGAAGGUCACAAAUAAUUUUGUAAGUUGCUCUUGCCACUUUUUCUCCCAAGGAGCCCCACUAGAGAGUAUGAGAUACCAGGGAUUUUGUACUCCGUAGCGUUCUCUCAGCCACCCUCUCCAGUACCUACCCUUGGCUCCUGCCAGGUGGCCCACACUCCCCAGUGCCCACCUACAGUACCUUCCACGCUCCUUACCCUGAACACCCACCUCUUCCCACUGAAUGAUCCACACAGUCAUUAAGGGUUACAUAGGGUUACAAGGGCACCUGGGAUUACUAGGAUUGUCAUCCUAAAUGAUGUCACAUGAUGUCACCCAUUUAGUGAUGGUAAUCCCAGUCCCAAUUGCUAUCAUAACUAUAUAAAGCAACUUUUGGUGGCUGAGAGUGAAUAGCACUAAAUAUUCCAGAAUGUGAAUUGCAUAGUUAUAUAUGAAUCUUUGAGCAUGGCUUAGAUUGUAUAAUCAAUAUGAUGAAAGUAAAAUUUGAAAGUCAAAGGAUAUUACAGAGGCACCUGACUGUUAGAACAAGUGGUACAGAAGUACUUAAUUUCUUGACCUGUAAGGUACUUUUCUGUUCGUUAUCAGUAAUGUUUUGGAACUUCUUUGGCAAAGCCAAAUUACACAUUUAUAAUUAGUUUAGAGGGAGUUGUGUUUCUUCCUUAAAUAUUUGGCUAUUGUGAACUAUAGAGAAGAGUAAUGUCAGAUGUAAAAUCUUUAAAAAAAUGUUUUUGUUUGAACAUGCAACAUGUUUUGUAGUUCUUUGUUCAGGGCAUGUAGCCCACCAGUUUGAAAAUACAGGUGAAAAAUCAACAUGUAUAAGUGACUGGCAAUAAAUUAACUUAUUAAGUGCA